UUAAUUUAUUGUUUUGACUGUGGUAGAGAUCAAUGAAGUCUAUUCUUUUAGAACGAAAUUCUUUCGGCACUAAAAAGAUCGAUGUGCCCAAAUGGACACAUCCGACCGUAAAGGGUUAAGCAUAGUUGUUUUUAUGAUUGUUACAUUUCAAACGAGAUCGAUUGGGUUAUAUAUAUAUAUAUAUAUCAUAUAUAGAUUUGAUUGAUCAAGUAACUAUAUUCAUGUAAUUCCUGUAUUUCAAUUAUGAACAAAUUCGUUUUUUUAAAACUCACUAUACGAGUGUAUUGCUGAGAUGAAUGAAGUCAUUUAAAUAGUUCGCUAGCCUUUUAAGAAAGAUCAGAAGCUUUCUUUAGGUAUUGAAUAGAAGUUCAUAUGAUCAGAUUACAACGUUUACAUGCUUGCUAUAUUUCAAGAAUAAGCAUAUGAACUGUUCAUUAAAUUUUAUAUUUAUUAAGUAUCGGAAAAAAUCGUUAGAAUUUGAGUAGUUUUCAUUCGAAACUUAUGCAGAAAAUUUGGUGAUAAUUUAAUUUUAUAUUUACUUUAAUUAUUAUUAUUUUAUUUAGGCACGAAUAAAAGUAGUUACAUAAAAUUGAUACGUCAUGGAAUUGGAACAUUAACUCAUCAUUAUGAGGAUAUUUAUUAUCCAAAUAUUAAUAAAUAUGGAAAUCAAAUUGAUAGUGAUCAAGGUCCUGCACAAACAACUGAAUUAUCAAAUACGUCCACCAAAAUGACCAAAGCUUCAUUUAUGACAGAAGUUUGUACAGAAUUGGCAAUAACGAAGAAUUUAGCAACAACUGAUACAUUUCUUUGCCACGACGAAGGUGACGUUAUUUUAACAGCGUUUGGAUUUUAUUCUCCAACUGAUUCAAAACAUGCUGGUGGUGUUAAUUUAAUGUGUGGUGGCCUUGAUGGUCUUGUUAAUUAUAAUCGAACAACAGGUCGACAAAAUAUUCAUAUUGAAAAUGCCACAUUGUCAACGUUUUUAGCAACAACUGGUAGCAAAAUGUCUGCUACCCUUCAAGCAAUACAUCAAAAACAUGAGGACGUUGGUAUACUUGGCCGUUUAAAUAUUUGGCAUAUUCAAACAGUUACUGAAUUUCUUCCACCACCAUCGGCACAAUUAAUAUCUGAUGUUGCUUCUAUUGAUCAUUUAUUAAUAAUAGCACAUGAAAUACUACAAUAUUCACCUGAAUUUCGUUUUAAAAAACACAUGUCCGACUGUGUUUUUGAAAAAAAUCUUCACUUAAUUGAUGAUUCAUAUAUGAAAGAACUUCGUCGAGAACAAGGCAUUAUUAGUGAAACAUUCGAAAUUACUUCAUCAAAUGUUAAUCAACCAACAAAUGAAGAUGUUUUUGAUGUAUGUCCAUCUGAUUAUACUGAAGAUGGUAUUGCAAUAAGUGCAUUUAAACUUGUUUAUUCAAUAUUAAAUUCGGAAUUUCAAUCGGCAGAACAGACUGAUGAACAUUUAGGUGGAAUAGUUCGUAAAAGCACAAAUAAGUUUCCACGAAUAUGUGCAUUAUUUUGUUUAUUGGAGAUCAUAAGUGAAAUUGCAUCGAAAUUAUUAAAAUUUAUUAUUUUCGACGAAGGUAAUUUUAGUCGACCAAGUUUAAUGGCAAAUAAAUUUAUAUCAACUGCUUUCGUACUUGCUGCAAGUAAAGCUGUUACUGAGUACUUAGACAAAUUGCCUAGUAUUGAUAAUCGACCAAUUAUAUAUAUUGACAAAAAUCAAGUUGAACGUGCGUAUGGUUUUUAUUCAUAUAUUGAAUUAACAACUAAAAUAUUAUUUGAUACUUCAAAUUUAAAUCAAUUGAUCAUGGAUAGUGAAAAAACUCAAUCAAUGAAUAAAUUAUCACCAGAAGAACAACGAGAUAUGAAGUGGAUCAUCAAAGUGAUGAGAGCACCAGUAGUUAUUUUCUCAAGAAAUUAUCUUUGUAAAACAAUUCCUGGUUGUUCUGGUUCUGGUGUUUUAAAAAAUGCUUCAACUGAUGUUCGAAAUCAUAUCAUUCAUUUGAUGGUUGAGUAUGGUUUAUUAGUUAGUGGCCAUUUUAUAACAGCAACAAAAUGUGAUUCAUUUGCUAAAUUACCACCAAAUACUCUUCGACAACAACAACAUUCAACUAGUUUUUUUGACAAAUGUGGUCAAAUGUUUACAAUAAAUAAUUAUGAAAAAUUAUUUGAAACCUUCGGGUUAAUGACUAUGAGUGAUGGAAGUAUUAUACCUAUAACACAAACAGGAAUUAAUUUAUUUCAUAAUAAUAACAAUUAUGUACAUUACUAUCAUCGUCUUCAAAAGGACAAAGGUGUCAAUCAAAUGAUUCAAGAACGUUUGGAAUUAAACGAGAUUAAAAUCGUUUAUGAUUAUCAAUCUGGUCCAUAUCGAUACCAAAUAAAUAGUUCAAAUAAAAAAUAUAAUGAUACAUUAUUCAAUAAUCUUACUACUAUUAAUAGUGAAGGUAUAAGAUAUAAUAAAUCUGAUCAAAACCAACAAGAAGCAACAAGUUCAUCAUCAGUUAGUAAUGGUAUUAUUAAGGUUGAUCAAAAUUCAAAUGCUCGAUUGGUUAAUAAUAAUUAUUAUCACAACAAUGAAGAUGAUACAAUUGAAUUUACUAAUAGUCUUAUGAAGCUUGAACAUGAACCAAAUCUUUUGUUAAUUAUAUCUGAAUUUAUUGAUAAAUAUCAAGAAGAAAAAGUUGGCAGUACAUUUGAAGAAAAUAAUUCUGCUAUGGCAUAUCAAUUAUUAAUAAAAUUUACUAAUUGGUUUGGUUCAUCAAAUAGUGAAUCAACAUGCACAUUAACCAUGAAAGAAAUUGUUUCACGUAUGGAGCAAAAAGUUGGAUUGCGACAUAACUUGAAAAAAUUUAUGAAAAUUUGUCAACAGAUCAUGUUAAAUUAUCGUCGAGAAAAACAUGAUUCUGUUAUUGAACAACGUACGAAAAAGAAAUUCAGCGAAUCAUUUAGUAGUGAUAAUACUCGAUUAUCAACAUCAACAAUGUCUUCAAUAUCAAUUAAUAAUUCAAAUCAACGACAAUUAAUACCAAUAACAUCAUCAGUAUUUUCUUCAGUAUUAUUUCAAUCGUCAUUGAAUAUUAAUGAACAUCCAACUGUUAAUAAUAAUCAAUUAAUUGAACCUCAAACAAUUAUUGAAGAAAAUGUUUCAACAUCAUUAAAUUGUGAUAUUCAAAACUCUCAAGAAUAUUUGUUGAUGACAACUCAACUAACAUCAGAAACAAUACCAUUAACAACUGAUCAAAGUGUUAUCAUUUGUUCAUCGAAUAAUCGAUCUUCGGCUUUACAGGAAUACGAUUCAUCAAAAUGUCCAACAAAUGAUGAUUCAAAUGAUUUUCAAAAAUCACUAAAUUCUAUUGAACAACAACAACAACAACAACAACAACAACAACAACAACAAUCAACAGCACCUUUUCAAACAUCUCCUAGUUCACCAAUAUCAAAUUCUAUUCAUUCACCAUUAGAAGAAACUCGAUCUAUUUCAAGAUCAUUAAUAAAUAAACGAAAACGAGGUCGAAAGUCAAAAACUGAUAAAGAUUAUGAAUUAUUAUCAGAUGAUGCUGUAAAAACUAUUCUUGCUGAUAAAAACCAUCCUGUUUAUAAGCGUGUUAUUCUUCUUGAUGGCUUUGUCUUCAGUAAAAGUUAUUUAGCACAUGCUCUUCAACAAUACUCAUUAUUACGUGAACAUACAAUUAAAAAAUUAUGUGAUGAAGGCAUAUUUAUUAAAGAAAACGUAUUUGCUAAAAAAAAUUCGAAUGGAAUUAUUGAAUAUCUUGAUGGUUAUAUUAAACUUUGUCCAACAUAUAAUAUUAAUAAUAGUGCAUCAUCGUAUACUGAAGAUAAUAUAAAAUUUGCUGAAAUGUUAGGAGAAUAUAAUAUAACUUUAGAAGAAUAUAUUAGUUCUUUUGAUAAUAAACAAUCAUCUCCACAAAAUUCAAAUAAUAAUAUAACUAAACGUGUUUUAUCAAGAACAGAUAUUCAUUUGAAAACAUAUUUGUUUUCAACAAAGCUUGUUGAUUUUAUAAAUACUAAUCAUUUUUAUUCACAAAGAUUCGUAGUUAGUAAUGAAGCUGUAUGUUGGAGUACAGAAGGUAUAUUACCAACAACAUCUAGUUUAGAUGAAUAUCGACAAAAUCAAUACAAAAAGAUUAAUCAACAUCAAAUUUCAAGAAAACGUACAAAUGAAAAUUUGUUAGCUACAGCUGGACCAGCACCAAAACGUACUCGGCACCAACCACAGCGUUUCGAUCAAGAAUAA